AGGCCAACAACGCCAGCUCUGCUAUUCCCGCUAAUGGUACUCUCACUCUUCUCUUUGCUCUUCACUUUUUCCAACUAAUACAUCUGUCACUCAAUCAUUCUAUUAUGUUGAUGACCUUUAUUCUUUAAUCUGUCUCUGAAAUUGGCUUGGUGGGUGUGUGUUAAUUUCUCUUGUUUGGAUUGAUUCCCAAUCGAUUUUGCAUACCCAAUUGCAUCCCAAUUAUACUCUCUCGCUCUCUCUCUCUGUAUGUGUUUGUGUCAGUGUCUGUUGUGUCUGAAAAUGGUUUGAUGGUAUGCGCCAGUGUCUCCUGUAUUGUUUGAUUUUGGGUUAGAAGUUCUUAACUAAACAUUACUUCACAAGCCAAUUGUCAGUACCUAAACACCCAUAUUGUUCUCGAUUAUAUUCCAUCUUUUGUUGAUUGAUACUAAUGACUUUUGGCUCAGCUUACUUGAUGGGUAUGUGCUAAUUUGUUUCCUUUUCUUCAUGUUGUGUUGAAUUCUUGUGAAUGAAUCAAACUAUGGUAGGAGAUGAUGAUUCGAAGGGCGAUGAUGAGAAAGAGAGUGAUGGUGGGGAGGUUAGCUCUCCUGCAUCACAGGACCACCAUAACCACCAGCAUCCGUUUACCGAGGGAGAGGAGUUAGAAGCGGAGAAGAGAGAAAUAGAGGUGGAAGGUGGUCAAAUUGAUAGUGAAGCGAAGCCUUCUGUAUCACAAGACAACCAUAGCCACCAGCAUUCAUUUACUGAGGGAGAGGUGGAAGAAGUGGAGAAGAGAGAAAUAGAGCUGGAAGGUAUAGUUCAGAUGGAUAGGGAAUUGAAGCCUGCCCAUGAAUCCGAGAGCAAGGAUAUAAAGAUUGAGUAUGUUGAACCUGAAAGGAAAACACAUGAGAAAGGUUCGUGGGAGAGCUCUAGUAGUAGUUCGGAUGAUGAGUCACAAGUUGAGAAGAAUGUAUUAUUGGUGGUGACAGCCCCUGUUGUUGAUUCUGCUUCCCAAGUGGUAAAUCAAGUAAUGGAUUGCAAUUCUCUUGAAGACUCCCGCAGUUCAUUUGUGGAAACUGCCCUUGUUGUGGACUUGGAUCAUGUUUCAUCGUUCGAUGAGGUGAUUCACCAAAACGGGAGUGCUUCAGUGGAUAAGUCUGUGAAUUGUGAUGUGGUUCAAUCAGUGCUGAAGGAAAAUGGGGAGAAAAAAUUACCCUUAUUGGAUGGGAAUGUUAGAUUUUCACCAGUUGUGCUCGAUUUGGGAUCCCAAGAAAAGGAGAAUGUAGUAGUCUCAAAAUCAGAUGAGAAUGCUGUGGCAUCUUCAGAUGCAACGCAACAGAAUCGUGAUAAACUGUUGCCAUCAUACGAUGCUCCUAGGAGUGAUAAUAGUAAUGGUGUGGAGCAUGCCAAAGAUUCUGAGGUUCAUGAAAAUUGCUCUGAUAGCCAGCCUCUCGUUGCUUCAGCUCCACAACUGGUGCAAACAACUUCCUGGAAGAGUUGCUGUGGACUUUUUGAGUUGUUCACAGACUCCAGUAGGUGA